UGUGAGCGAGUGCCGCGUGCGGCCGUGCAGGCCCGGUGAGUGAGUGCCGCGCGUGAAGUCCUCGUCGCAGCUAUAUGCCGCAGGCGUCCCCCAGGGCCAAAGGGGCCGACCUGAGAGGCUCUGGGCUGCGCUUGGGGUGUGGGCGCGAGAAGGGCGCGGCGGGGAGGGGGCGGUGAUGAUGGUGGUGUGCGAUGGGUGACGGGCGGCCGUGGUGGUCGGGCCCGCGCCGCGUGCGCCGCGUGCACGGCCUCCAGCUGCCACUACACCCGCAGCAGGUGCUCGCGUGGCUGGUGAUGGCCGCCUUUACCUCCCUCAUGUACGGCGCCGUCCUCCCCGCCCUCCACUCGCGCCUCGCCACGCCCCUCGCCGUCGUGACGGGCAUGGUGUUCGCCGCCCACAUCCUCACGCACAUCGUGGCGUUGGCGCUGGACCCCGCCGACACGCAGCUGCGCGCCCGCAAGGACAGGCAGCAGGUGCCCGAAUUCGAUAGAAAUGUGCAUUCGCACGUCAUAGAAAAUGGACGCUGCCAUCUGUGUAAUAUAACCAUAUCUUCUAGUCGGACUAAGCACUGCAGCGCUUGCAACAAGUGCGUGGAUGUGUUUGAUCACCACUGCAAGUGGCUGAACCACUGCGUAGGCCGCCGCAACUACCGCGUGUUCCUGGCGUGUGUCAUCACGGCCAUCCUCUCGUGUCUGCUGGUCAUGGCCACCUGCCUCGCCGAGAUCGUGCUCUACUACUUCAAGCGGGAGUACCUGGCGCCGUGGGAAUCCCCGCGCCCCGAGGUGCCCCCGCCCCCCGUGGAGGAGGUGGAGGACGAGGCAUCGCUCACGUGCUCAGAGGGCGCGCCCUACUGCCACUUCUCCAUCUUCGGUGCUUUGGUCUACGAUGGAGCCUUCAUUGGCCUCCUGUCCACGCUGUUCUCCGUGGCGCUGGUGGCCGAGGUCCUGCUCGUCCACCUGGCCGCCUUUCACGCCUACAUCAUAUGCCUGGGCUUCACCACGUACGAGUACAUCCGGGGGCAUCACCUCCGGGGCUCGACCUCCGCCCACUCCUUCAGCACGUACGGGCGUGACGGCGGCACGGAGCGCGAGGGCGCCGUGUGCGGGUGGGCGGUGAAGCGCGUGCCCGCCAACAACCAGAUCACGCCCUCCUCCACCACGGACACUAACCUCUUGUCCACGAUAUCCGUGGACUCCCUCAGCACCUCCACCACCACGGCCCGCUCCCCCCGGUCUUCCACAUCCACCACGCCCGGCCUCUCCCCCACCACGCCCUCGGACGACAGCCGCUCGCCCUCGGCCUCCAAGAACCAGCUCCUCAACCACAGCUCGCGCAUCCAGCAGAGCGGCGGGCGGGGCUGCGCGGCUAUGGCAUCCCCCACUAACACCGCCCCCAGGACGCCCCCGACGAGGGCCUCCAGUGUGCCCCAGCUGCCCCAGAUCCAGGUGGGGCGCGCCAGGGCCCAGUUGAGGACCCUCAGCCGGGCGGUGUCGACCGCGGUCAGCGAAUUCACGGUGGACGAGGAUGUCGAGGUGCGCGUGGUGGCGCUGCCGCGGCCGCGACCGUCUCGUCGAAGACUGCGCUCCAGCAUAGCGCCGCAUUUGUCGCCCAUCAAGGAGUGCGACCAGAUAGCGCCCAGCCCGCCCACGGUGCGGGCGGUGCGCGAACAAUCGAGUGCGUCCCCGAGUCCGGCCGCCAGUCCCGCCCAAACCCCCGUUCACACGCCCUCCCGCAGUCCGCGGCCGAGCCCCGUGCGCGGGCCGCACACGCCCACCAAGGUGAGUCCGCUGGCGGGCGGCGCCGACGUGACGAGACGUGCCAACGGCCACAGUGUUGUCAGUCGAGUGAAGAUGAACGGUAACGUCGGCGAGACCACCAAUGGCUACAGCAGGACGCCGCCGCCAGUGUCUAGUGCCAAUACCAAGUUGCUGAAGGAGGUGGGGGCGCACGGCGGCGUGUACGUCGGGCCCCAGGACCCCAACUGCAACAUCCUGGGGUCGAGGGCGUGUAACAGCGGUUCCGCCCCGCGUACCAACGGCACGGUGGCCCACGUGGAACUACACAUGUAGGGUCCGCCCGCGCCCGCCAGGACCGGCAACCGCCCACACCGUAAUCUUGCUCACAUGCUCUGCCACUAUUUAUAUGGACAGAUGCCUUUUAUAUCAGAGAAAUAUUGUUAAUAUUGUGAUGGUAAUGCGCGUUUAUUUCUGAUAUUCGGGGUUACAUAAUAGGAUGAAUUGUGUAUUUAGGAUGUGAAGUAAUGAUACUGUAGGUAGCCAAUGGCAAAGAAGUAGCUGUUCAGAGAGCAAUAUAUCGACGACGUAGAGUGUAGCAGCCAGCCAUUAUCGUGCCAACGCUCCCUCCGCCCCGCCACAAACCCUCAGUCCAUUCUGACCCCGUCUUGACCUGUAGUUGACCCUGUUUCGACCCCUACUGGAUCCUCUCUUAACCUAUAGUUAACCCUGCUUUGUCUUGACCUAUAGCUGGCCCCCUGCUUUGACCCCUUCUUGAUCCUGUCUCCGCCCUGUAGUCGACCCCGCCCUAUCUUGACCUGUAGCUGACCCCCCUGCUUUGAACUUCUCCGGAUUCUGUCUUGCCCUGUAACUAACCAAUACCUGAAACCUUAUUGGAUCCUAUCUGGACAUUAAGGUGACUUCGCUUUGACCCUUAAUAGAUCCCCUCCUCGACCUAUAGCUGACCCUGCUUUGACCCUUACUGACUCCCCAUUUUGACCUGUAGCUCUCCUACUCCACCAAACCCGACUGUAGUUUGGCACAUGUAUAUCAACCUCCACCCGACUCUAAUUGUUCCUUAUCCACUUUUGCUUAC